UCAGUCGCCAGCGAGUCGCACUGUCGGGCCCCCGAGUCGGCGCGACGCGCGUCCCAUCAUUUAUUGUUUCAUUUAUCCACCGAUAACUUCCCUAAAUUAUUCCAGCCCUUUGGAAUCCAAGUGUGCCCCCACCCAAUGAUUAAUCCUUUAAAAAAAAAAAAACAGUUUAAAACCAACGAGUGAAGAAAAAAAAAACUCCAGUGCAGAAUAGUUGCAGAAUAUAUCAAGAGAAUAUUUGGAGAAUAGUUCCAUUGAGGAUUUAAGGAUUAGUCGCUGAGACACAUCCAGAAUGGCGGUGUUCGGUCUCGUCUCGGCAGUCGCCGGGUUCGUGAAAGUAAGGUAUCUCAUAGACAGGGCCAUUAUCGAUAACAUAGUCUUCAGGGCGCACUACAGAAUCACCUCGGCUAUUCUCUUCGCAUGUUGCAUCAUCGUCACUGCCAACAACUUGAUUGGUGAUCCAAUAAAUUGCAUCGGCGAGUCGGCAGUUCCUAGUCAUGUGAUAAACACCUUCUGUUGGAUAACGUACACCUAUACUCUUCCUGCGAAUCAGAUGAAGCAAGUGGGAACUCAAGUGGCUCAUCCAGGACUUGGCACUGACACCGGAGAAAAGAGAUAUCACUCGUAUUACCAGUGGGUGCCAUUCAUGCUGUUCUUCCAGGGGCUGUUGUUCUACAUUCCUCAUUGGAUGUGGAAACAGUGGGAAGAGGGCAAAGUCAGAAUGAUUUCAGACGGGCUGCGAGGUGCCAUAGUGGAGAACAAGCAGGAGAGACAGGCCAAGGCUUUUAGAUUGGUUCAAUACAUCAUGGACACUCUGCAUCUUCAUAACAGCUACGCAGCUGGUUAUUUCUUCUGCGAGGCUCUCAAUUUUGUCAAUGUUGUAGGGAAUAUUUUCUUCGUGGAUACAUUCCUGGGCGGUGCAUUUUUGACGUACGGAACUGAAGUCGUUAAAUUCAGCAACAUGAAUCAAGAACAGAGAAGUGAUCCCAUGGUGGAAAUUUUUCCCCGCAUUACCAAGUGUACAUUUCACAAAUUUGGUGCAUCUGGAACGAUUCAAAAACUCGAUGCCUUGUGUGUUCUCGCCUUGAACAUCCUCAACGAGAAGAUCUUUAUAUUCCUCUGGUUCUGGUUCAUUAUACUAGCUGCAAUGUCGGGCUUGGCAUUGCUCUACAGUAUGGCUGUUGUUCUACUGCCAAGUACAAGGGAAACCAUUCUCAAGAGGAGAUUCAAGUUCAGUACAUCGUCCGGUGCCAGUGCACUCGUCAGAGAGACACAGGUCGGUGAUUUCCUUCUGAUCCACCUUCUAGGCCAAAAUCUGAACAUGAUGCUCUUCAGUGAGGUACUAGACGAAUUGUGUCGUCGUCUACACGUCGGCUCAAGCAGUGGUGCAUCCCCAGCGUCAGUUCCAUCUGCCCCAAGUACCCUCGAGAUGUCACCAAUCUAUCCCGAGAUUGAAAAGUACUCGAAAGACACGGAAAUAUAAUCUCUCAUCAGUUCCCCCACAACAAUUCUCCCUUUAUUGUGAUAAACACGUUGGGAUUCCCUUCAAAUGCAAUGAAGUUGCACUAUCAACGUGAGUUUAAUCAAUCAUUAAUCAAUUUUUUCUCCUGAUGAGAUUAGACGCUCAGUUCUCCGCAUAACCGAGAGUAUGUGGCAUCUAUUUUUAACCCAUUUUAUUAAUUACGACAUUUGUCAUGUCUAGAAAUUUUCCCUGCAAUGUUUUUGCAUUCAUUUUUUUUUCUAUGAUUUUUUGUACUCUUCAUUUUUUUUUCUCAUUACAUCUAAUGGUGCAAUGUCCGAAGGGUUCAAUAAAAUACGUGAAAUCGAGGAAAAAAAACGCGUGAGGGUUUUUUACGUAAAUAAAAAUAAAUUUAUUGUAAAGGGGAUACGGUCGAUUCGCUUUGGAUCUGUGGGCUGUGACUCAAUCGAUUCCUCAUGCAAAGCGAAUUUAUAAAUCCGGUAGAAAAAAUUGAAAUCGAGUUUAAACGGAAAGAAAAACAGUUGAAAUUGGGAUUUUUCAAUAAUUUUUUUCAUUUUCAUAUGCAAUGGAAAAAAUUUCUCUUCAAUUUUUUGACUUGGAGAUUUCCUUCGCAAUAAGAGAAAUCCAUGCAGCAACGAAUUGAAAAACUAUUCUUCGCCCUCUCAUAACAGUGAAAAUUUUUUGAUGAACAAAGUAUUUGCUAUAACGACGAAAGUAUUCAAACAAAGUGAUUCUGCAAUUUUAAUAUUUUCCAUGUUUUAACCCCUCCAGUGUUUCAAGAGAGAAAAGCAAUUACAGUAGAAUCCCGUUAAAGUCACACCUCGCCUCAAUUUCAUUUUUCGCCUAUCAUUUCCAUUUCCCCAUUCUACUAGCCCCGGGCUCCAAGAUGUAAACAAUCCAUUGUUUCGUCCGGCGAGGAAUUAAACGCCGUGAAAAAUAAAGUUACAAAAUGAAUUCCUUUCGUAUUUGAAUUCGCUAUGAAAAAAUUCAGUUCACGGUAGCAGCGAACGCGUGGUGGAGGUAGUAUAUAGUCCGAUUCUCGGAAUUCGCUUCUCCUCCAGCCCCAUGUACGCGGCUACAACGGGAAUCUACCGUAAUGAUAAAUCAUGCAAAUAAAUCUCAACUAUUUUAAGACGAUAAAUUGUAAAUUUUCUAUUGCAAAUUGUAAACUCAAAUGAGUGCACAAUCCGUCCAGGGCGUCAUGCAAAAUGUUCUACAAACUUGCAAUCAUCAAUUUCCACGACAAUUUUUUUUUGUAAUCAUAAUCGCUAAUCAUCGAUCGUUAGACACUAGGAGUUAGUUGCUCAAUAAAGUAACAAGACAAAGGUGCCAAGUGUGUUUUAAAAAGAAUAGUAAAAAACCUUAGAGUUAUCGCUACAUCUCAAUGCCGUCCUUGAGUAAAUUGUUAUCCUCAUUCAUUUAUUACUCUCCCCAUGGUUCUAUUCAAAUGUCAGUGAACACUGAGUAACUAUUGAGAUUGAGUCUCAGAGUGGUGAGUGUUUGCAAUUUAUGAUUUGCCCCUGGACACUGUACUCUAUUCAAACUUGAUGAUUUAAUCCAUAAAGAAUGAUCGGAAUUUCUCAGAUACUUAGAAUUUUUAUUGUUUCACCAUUUUUUCGCUAAACUAAGGCUUACUAUUUUUUUACUUCAACAGCGAGGGCUAGUUAUCUCGGUAAUUAUAUUACCGCACUUCAAGUCCACCGAUAAAAAAAAUUAUUCAAUUGAGAAAAAGAAAACCGAACGAUUUUUCGGAUAAAAUCCAUCAUCACUGAAAAAUUCAGUUAUUCCUCGAGAAAGGUUUUCUUAUAAUCUCUUGAUACCGAGAUUUUGAUAAUUUAUGGACUUCGCUGCUGAUGUCAUUACUAUGUAUGGUAAAAUUAUUUUGAAAAGCCUCUCAAACUCGAAUUGCCUACGGAAAAUGUAUGAAUUCAGUAAUGGAGUUGAAUCGGAAGAUACAGAUUUAAUACAGUUUGAUGAUUUAUGUUUUUAUUCAACUCGAUUACGCAAUUCAUAGUCUAUUAGUUGUAUAACGAUCAGGACGAGAUAGUCGUCUAGCUAGGAAUCGACACAUGAAGCUAAGUGAUAUCUUUUAGGGACAAGAAUGACUACGAAUCGAGUUAUUAGGUGAACUGCCUUCUUAGAGUUAUACUAAUAUGUUAAACUAGGUGGUAAGAAUUUUGAGUGAUGAAAAUAUAUCAAAAUAAUGGAAUAUUCAAGGAUUAAA